AUGCCUUCCGCUAUUGACGACUGCCCGUUAGAUGCCAUCAUCAUUGGCGCAGGCUUCGGUGGUUGCUACCUGCUAAGAAACCUACGAAAGCAGGGUUUCCGUGUCAGGUUAUUUGAUGAGGGGGUGAGACUUGGGGGCGUAUGGGCUCAUAACACAUACCCUGGCGCUCGGGUUGAUACCGAUGUACCAUUCUAUGAGUUCUCCGACCCCGAACUGUGGCAAGAAUGGUCCUGGUCAGAGCGUUUCCCAGGCCAGCCAGAAAUUGUUCGCUACUUUGACUUCGUGGACAAGAAAUGGCAGUUGAGCAAAGACAUUGUCUUUGGAACCAAGGUCACUGAAGCAUCAUUUGAUUCUGUCACUAGAACUUGGACCGUCAAAACAGACAAGGGUGCCACUGUGUCAGCACGUUACUUCCUACCUGCCAUGGGUUUCUCAUCAAAACCAUACACGCCAGAUAUUAAAGACUUGCACACCUUUCAAGGAUUCACCUGCCACAGUGCUAGGUGGCCCCAAACACCUGUCGACUUGACAGGGAAGCGAGUCGGAGUCAUCGGAUCUGGAGCAACCGGCGUGCAGCUGGUUCAAGAGCUCGGUCCCAUUGCUGGAAGCUUGCACGCGUUUCAACGCUCACCAAACUGCGCAUUACCUAUGCGCCAGGAGACCAUGGGUGAUAGCGAAGAUAAGACAACAUACGCCGAGAAAUUUCGAAACAUGCGUUUGACAAAGAGCGGAUUCGACUACACUGCUCUCACUAAAACGUCGAAGGAAGUUACUCCAGAGGAGCGCGAUGCUCUUUGGGAGAAGCUUUGGGUAAGAGGAGGCUUCGCGCCCUCUCUAGCCAACUACCCCGAUGUCGGCAGCGAUCUCGAGAGCAACACCGUCUUCUACCGCUUUUGGCGUGACAAAACACGUGCCAGGAUUCUCAAAAAUGACCCAGAGCUGAUUGAGAACUUGGCACCUGAGAAUCCUCCAUUCCCAUUUGGCACCAAGCGCCCAUCUUUGGAGCGCACCUACUAUGAGGUCUUCAACCAAGAUAAUGCCACAUUGCACUCAUUGAAGAAGAACCCUAUUGAUAGGGUAACAAAAAAUGGAGUGAUCAUGGCAGACGGCAAAGAGAUUGAGCUUGAUGCCAUACUCCUUGCCACAGGCUUUGAUGCUAUCACGGGCGGCUUCUCACGGAUAGACAUUCGAGGGCUCAAGAACAAGUCGCUCAAUGCUGAAUGGGCCACCAAAACUAGGACUCACUUGGGUCUUGCUACCUCGGGAUUCCCCAACAUGUUUUUCAUGUAUGGUCCUCAAAGUCCAACAGCCUUUGCGAUUGGCCCUGUGCUCACCGAGAUACAAGGCGAGUGGAUUGUCAACAUGAUGGUGUCGAUGAGAGAAAACGGAUAUUCGUCUAUUGAGCCUACAAUCAAGGCAGAGCAAGGAUGGUCUCAAACCAUUGGCAAGGCUAUUGAUGCAACUCUCAUGCAUCUAAAUGAAACGACUUGGUAUAUGGGCGCGAACAUUCCCGGCAAGAAGCGUGAGGCGUUGAAUUAUGUUGCGGGUACGGAUACAUAUGGUAAUCAGUUGAAUGAAUGCAUGAGAAAUGGGUUACGAGGCUUCACCUUGUACUAG